AUGGAUGAUGAUGAUGAUGAAUCACCAAAAAAUCAAAAUAACAACUCCGUAUUCACGAAUGCUAAAUCUCCAGAGAAACGAACUAAUGGAGUACCGGAAUUUAGUAAUAAUAGUAUGGUCAAUACUCCUGAUCUGAGUCCAUUGAAAACAUUGAAAAAUGAAGACGCCGAAGAUGCUGAAGUUCGUAAAAUCAAGAAAUGGCCAAUUGACAAAGCUUAUUUUAUUGCUAAGGAGCUUCUCAUGACAGAAAGAACAUACAAAAAGGAUUUAGAUGUUAUUAAUGUGUGGUUCCGCGAGGAAUUGACGAAAGAAACAGACACAGAGGGCGAUUCAAUGGUGACACUAUUGGAAUUUCUUGCCGACGCACAUGGUCCUUGUCUUCAGGAGAUGGAGGCACGUCUAACACGUUGGGAAAGUAAUGCGAGGCAUAAUAUUGGAGAUUUUCUCUACAAUACUUUAUUGAAUAUCCUUCCACUUUACGAUCAAUAUUUGGAAAAUUUGAUGCCUGUUCUGGAGAAAAUGGAGUAUUCAAUGAGAACAUCCAAACAAUUUGAUCAACUGUGCAGAGACUUUGAAUCUCAGAAACAUUGCUAUCUACCAUUAAGCUCCUUCCUCUUAAAACCGCUUCAGCGAUUAUUCCAUUACAACAGUAUUAUUGAUAGGUUACUAGAUCAUUAUCCAAAAGAUCACACUGAUUUCGAAGACUGUUUAGCUGCCAGAGAUAGACUCGGCGAAACAUUAUUGGAGGCUUUCACUAUUUUACAUCAAGCGGAGAAUCUUGUUCAACUCUGCGAAUUACAAAGAGAUAUAAGCGGUUUUGACAAUCUAGUCCAGGGGGAUCGGAAAUUUAUUAGACAAGGUUGCUUACAGAAAUACAGUCGCAAGGGAUUUCAACAAUGGAUGUUCUUUUUGUUUUCCGACGUACUACUAUACACAUCAAGAACACAACAGCCUUCUCAAUGUUUUCGAGUACACGGUCAACUUCCCUUAAAAGGAAUGUCGAUUCAAGAAAGCGAUAACAAAACGAUAGCAGAGAAUGUUUUCGUUAUUUUGGGCCAAGGCAAUCAUUACCUCACGGUCGCCGCAAAUAAUGAGGAAGAAAAGGAACGUUGGCUGGAAGAUUUAAAUAAUACUAUUGCAAUGGCAAAUACAACCGAGACUAAAUCUCCCUAUUCGAAUCUUCAAACAUGCAUAUUUGGCUCAGCGGAUGAAGUAGGAGAUGGAAUUGAAAUCGAUAGAACGAGUUGCGGUGGAGCUAAAGCAUCACAAAGAAGUAAUACAACCGUUCAUGUAUGCUGGCAUCGAAAUACGAGUAUCAGUUAUAGCGACCAACUUCGAGCAUUUGAGAAUCAACUCAGUGGAUUUCUUUUGAGAAAAUUUAAAAACAGCAACGGUUGGCAGAGGCUUUGGGUUGUUUUCACAAACUUUUGUUUAUUUUUCUACAAGUCGCACAGAGAUAAUUUUCCACUUGCGUGUCUCCCAUUGCUGGGAUAUACUGUCACUACUCCGUCGGAGAAGGAUGCAAUCAAUAAAGAUUUUGUCUUUAAAUUGCAAUUCAAAAGUCAUGUUUAUUUCUUUAGAGCUGAAAGUGACUAUACUUUUGGAAGAUGGAUGGAAGUAAUAAAAAGUGCGACACAGCAGAGUCACAUCUUGGCAAACGUGAAUAGAAAAGAAGACUACUGA